AGACUGUGUGGCUUUCAAGUACAUUUACAAAGUACUAUUACUAUCAGCCUCCUAGUCUGCCCUGGCAGUGUUUACCCCCCUCUCCCCUUCCACCAUCAUAGCGUCAUCCAUUCAUUUCCGGCCACAUUCUCACCCCCACAAAUGCUUGGCCUGACGUGUCAAUCAAAGCGCGCUAUAGACAUGGUGGGUGUGUGUGUGUGUGUGUGCCAAAGGCCACAACUUGGAGGUAAAGCAACCGGGCUCUCCGCACUCAGUGAUUGGAUGUCUCCAUACAGAUGACGGGCUGAAGGGGAGAUUUGGUCGGGUUAGUCUUCUUAGUCUCGCCCAGAGCUCGGCCUAGUGGGCGCCUCCCAGGCAUUUCGGAAGGCCAUCGGUCGAUCAUGGACCUCCCCUGCCCAAUGGGACUUGAUCAUCAAGUUGGAGUCCGUGAGCAUGGGCGGAACCACCACGAAGCUUGCCAUUUACAUCGGGAUGUCGUGAUGGGGAUCCCCAGAUCUGAUGAUUCAUGGGGAGUCGUCUAGUCCGCCGACUAACAACAGUAGCGUCUUGUCACUACUUCUCUACUAGACUAUCUCGAGGAUCCUCCGAUCAAUGUCUCCGCUUGCUAAAGACAACCGCAGUACGGAGUAGAUGAAGAAGAAUGUGUGCCGUUGGGGACGACAAUGAGUGCUGCUACCACGUCGGGGCCAACUCUCCCCCUUGCAUGCUAUCAUCACGAUUACUCCGUACACUGCUUGGGUAUUUCUGCAUCUGUUGGAUCGAUCCGAAGUGAAUUGCACAGCCCAUCGACUAAGAUUUUGUCGCUCAAGUUUGCUGGAAAUCUCGCAGCCUUGCUACCCCCCAUUAUGUAAUCCGGGGGGUUCCCCUCCUCUUGACGGUACCAUGAUCGUCUCACGAGGAGAAUGUGGGAGUUGUGGUGGUGCUCCUGAGAUGUGCCAGUCGGUUGAUGGUGCGACCUGCGCUAAGGAUGUCGUGACUGGUCCAAGUCAUGGCGGAUGUGGGAAAAUAGAGAGGAGAGAACGCGAUACUAGCAAGCAACACGGAACCUGGUCUAUAUGCGCAAAAUUUAUUAAUGUUUGCUGGUUUGACAGAUUCGAACAAAGAAUCAAGACUAGCUAUG